AUGGAGGGCCGUAAGCAAGGAAGACCGGAAGAGGAGCUCUUCUUGCGGUAUGAGACAGAUGCGCGCACGCCUACCGUCGGUCCCCUGAGGAUACAGAAGCAGUCGCCAACAUCCAAGAGCCCGCCCCCGCGAGCAGACUCGGCCGGCAAUGCGAGCAAGCCUCCAGCCUUCUCGCGCCCGCCGCCCAUGCCCUCGUUUCCAGCGCCUCCUUCAAGUCCACCAACAGUCCCACCACCAACAGCUCCGCUGCCCUACCCAGUGGACGAUGCGCCUCCCGCGCUCACCCAAGGACGGUACACCCCCCUUGGCGAACGAGAGCGCCCAGCACGCAACGCGACUCCGCCACAGCCAGAGGGCCGCAGACGAAGCUCACAUGCAACCGGGCCCGUCCCAAUCUCGCCCGAGCAGCGCGCGAGAUUCGAUGCAAACGACCCCAACAGGCCGAGUGUAGGAGGGUACGGUGGGAGAAACCAGGACGGCUCGAUCCAGCCUUCGCGGUUGGCAGAGCGACGAGGGACUGCGCCCAAGCCGCUCCCGGACUCUCCAGGACCAGAAACACCAGAUAAGGAGGGCCUGUUUGCGAGAGCGCCACAGAGAAAAGGCAGCACAGACCCGAACCCAUUUCCAGAUUACCACCAACAGUACUGGCCUCCACCGAGCGCAGGCACUGCCCCAGGGACAUCUUCGAACCAGCCAGCACCACAAACACUAAACAUUCCAACCCCUGGAGGCAUCAACCGUCUGAGCUCGACAGCCUCCACCUCCACAGUGAAAGCUCAGCGAGGCUCGCCCCCACCCCCCGAGACUCCCAUUAUUCCACCUCCUGGUGGCGGCAUCGAAGCGCGAUUUGCAGCAGCCGGCAUUGCAGGGACGUCCACAUUGACAAGUCUGCAGGCACAGAGCGCCCAGAAUGCGGCUGCUGCGCAAAGAAACCAAAUCUAUGCAAAUCAACAGCCUCGACCAGUACACAGCUCGCCAGUUCCGAGCCAGCAGCAACAGCAGCAGCAGCAACAGCAGCAACAGCCCAUACGAAGGCCAUGGACGCCCACAGAGCAGCCAGGACAGACACCGUACGGCCAGCCACAAGUGUAUCAGGGUAUGGGAGAGGCCCAACCAGGCGCUUCCAGCACACCUCCUCAAGGCCCUCUUCCGCAGGCACCCAACGGUGUUGGCAAUAUGUCAUCGCCACCUCCCAGCAGCAUGCGACCAGAACACCCUUUGACCCAGGAUAUGGGCCGGAUGAACGUUAACGAUGAACCACCACCAUCUUACUCGAGCAUCCAGCAGGCAAAUGCUCAGCAGGCACAGCGAUACCCAAACGAGAAAGGACAGCAGCCUCAGCCCAUUCCCCAAGGCGUAUCCUUGAGCGAUCCAAUGCAGGGUCAUCCUGCAUUUGCAAACGAUCCACGACCCCAACAAGCUGGACCAUCGCAGCCCGUCAAUGUUGUCUCGCCAACGCCUACACCACAGCAAUUUUUGCCGCAGAUACAAACCACGCAGCCAACUCACACCCCAAGCCCAGCCCCAGCGCCAGGAGCAGGUCCAGCGUCUCCCCCGCCUUUGCCUGAAGGAUGGAUUGCACAUCUGGACCCUUCCUCGGGACAAUACUACUACAUUCACCUGCCUACACAGUCAACACAAUGGGAAUUUCCCAAGGGUCCGACGCCACUGAACUUGAAUGAGCCGUUGUCUCCUACAGGCACAUUCGUCAACCCUUUGGCAUCUCCAUCUUUUGGCAAGCAGCCUCUGGCCUCACCAGGAUUCCCCACUCAAACUGUGGGAUAUUCCAGUGACUUUGGAAUGGCGCCACUGGCAACGCCAACCGCCGGGGCUUUACAGGCCCGCCACCGACCGCAGGUGUAG